AUGCCUUCUAGCUUUGUGAGCCUAACACCACUCAUAAGAACCGAGAUAGGGAUAUACUGCCAUCUACUGGAGAUAGACAACGUAAAGAUCCUGGUGAAUUGUGGAGCACCCUACACAAUGGAUAUGUCUAUAUACACGCCCAUCCUUCCCCAGAUACUUUCCUGUGACGCUAUCCUUCUAACAAGCUUUGGAGUCAACUAUGCUGGGGCAUUGCCCUACAUUCUUCAGAACAAUUAUUACAACAAAGUGUUCUCCUCGGUACCUAUCAAAACCCUUGGAAAGAUAUGCCUUGACGAGCACCUGAAGGGAAUGGGGAAGGAACUAGAGGUAGACACAGGGCUCUUUGAAAGGAUAUCGGAAAUAAAGUAUUCGCAGCCAACAGUCAUCAAUAAUGUCGAGGUAUGUGCAUACAAUUCAGGUAAUUCUAUUGGAGGAUGCCUAUACAAGAUAAGUAAGGGGGCAGAAAAAAUUGUUGUUGGGUUCAAUAUGAAUCAUCGAAAGGAAAAUCAUCUUGAUGGAAUUGGGUUCUCUGGGAUAGGAGAUUGCAGUCUCUGUGUGGUCAAUGGAAAUCAUGUCUUGGCAGAAAAUGUCUCGAUUGCAAAGAGAGACAAUAUGUUCAGAGAAAUGGUCGGAAAUGUUCUUGACUCUGGAGGAAAAGUAAUUCUGCCUGUCAAGUAUUCUAGACUCCUAGAGGUCGCUCUGAUUCUCAACAAUAUGAUGUCACAGAGAAGCGAAAAGGUUGUGUGCUUAUCGUAUUUUGGGCAAAGGUUUGUAGAAAGAGCAAGAUCUAUGAUUGAAUGGGCAGGAGAGAAGGUUUCUUCUAUGUUUUCGGAGGAAAAGGUCAAUCCGUUUGAGUUUGAAAAGAUUGAGUUUAUAGAACAUUACCAGAAUAUUUCUGAAUUUGAUGUAAUGAUUGCUGUUGAUGAUUACGUCCAUGGAGGAAUGCUUACAACUGCCCUCCAUCAGUUCAACAACGAGAACAACGUGAUUCUUCUUGUUGAUCCCAGGAUGGACGAGGUUAUUAAAAGAGAAUCUAUAGUGAUGAAAUGGUAUAACUUCAGGCUUGUUGAAAGAACAGACGAAAAAAGAGGCAUGAAUGUGUCUGAUGUGGCAGAAGAUGUUACAGAGGAUGUGUCUGAUGUGGAAGGGGCUGAGGCAGACUGGUCUGAGAUAAGACAUGAGGUAUGGUGUGAAAAUGGAGAUGAGGUCUUUCCAUCGAUGUCGAGGAGAAGAGCAUACGAUGAUUAUGGGGAGUACAUGGAUAGAUCAUUAUUUGUGAGCGAGAUUCUUCCUACAGAGGAGAUAUCUGAGGAAAAGAUAGAGAAAGAAAUUAUGGCAGAAGAAAGAGAAGUUGGAGGAGAGGGAAUUGAGUUGAAGUACAGGAUUGCAAAAAUGGAUUUGAUGGGGAUUUCUGAUCUGAACUCUUCCAAAAUGAUAAUCGAAACCUUAUCUCCGAGAAAGCUUGUGUGUAUUGGAGAGGAUAGAGACACAGAACGUUUUUUCUACCACACCUUCAAGUAUAUGGCAUCGUUCGAAGAUGUGUAUAUGUGUAGGAGUAAGAUAGUUCUUUCUUCCGAUGUUUCUAUGGGAGUGGUGAAGCUAGACAAAGGUUUCGAUGAAUUGGACUAUCAGAUGAUAGCAAAUGACUCUGUAGGGAGCUUCAAGGGAAUUAGAGACGGGGACAUGGUGAGAUGCAUUGGAAGUGGGCCUAGGAUGAUGAUAGGGCAUACUGACAUCAAUGAGCUGAGAAGGAUGAUUAUUGAAAGGAACAUGAGAGUGGAACAGGAAGAAAACGGGCUGCUGGUCGAGGAUAGUGUAUGGAUCAGAAUAAAUCCUGACGGGUUAACUAUAGAUGGAAAGGAUACAGGAGUGUUUUAUGCUGUACGAGAUGUUGUGUACAGAAACUCAGCCCUUAUAUGA